AUGCCUGACGAAUCGCUGAGGCUGGACCCGGCCGCCAUCACUUAUUUGGGCGAACCUUUUGUGCUCACGCCUGUAGUCUCGGACAUUCUACGCACACGGUAUUGCGUACCCGGGAGCAUCUUUCUUGUCGAGGGUGUUGAUCGUGUUUCCGUAUCACGUUCAGGACGAUGGCAUGCUAUUCGAUUGAUUUUAGGGGAUGAAGAACUAUGUAUCCAGGCUCUUUUGGGGAGCGACAUGCAUCGCUUUGUUCAGAUGGGCGAUGUUGCACUGGGUGCGUAUGUGAGGUGUGAAACGUUACAUAUCCAGUGGCAAGAUGUUGGGAAGGAAAAGAUGGUAACAUUGAUUGUCGACAAUUUGAUCACUAUUGGAUGGAACGAGUCGUACCGUGCAUUGCAAAAGGAAAAUGAACUCCUGGUCCGGGAACGACCAAAGCGGAUUCCUCAGUCACGCAUAAAAUCGAAACCUGUUGAGCAUCCAUCGGAACCGCAAAACGAGAUUGAAGAAGAGAUUCCGGAUGAGCUUUUGAAUGACUCUUUCAAAGGGCCUUUAAGAGAGUCCUCCAAAGAACCUCAACAAGAUUCUACAAGAUGGCCUCCCAAACCGUUUGUCGAGGACGAGUUUGAUGACGACGACGAAGCAGCUGCCGAAGAAGCAUUUGAAGCAUUCGAGACGCUCGCGUUCGUUCCAAAACCCAAAACACCACAGAAAGCUACAGACCAAGUGCAAAAGCCGUCCACGUCUGCUCAACCCGGCGAACCUGUCGCGCUCCCUCGUGACUGGCACGAUCCCCAAACCCCUCUCAGACUCACAACCUUGCGCUCAAUCCCUCACCUCCCCUACAAGCAGAACUGGUCCUGCAAUGUGCUUGCCAUUAUCGCCUCCAUAUCAGAUAUUGGACCAGCCAACCUACCGCCCUACAGACAGCGAACAGCACGGCUUGUCGACCCGUCUACGUCCAAGCAUGUACAUCUCACGGUAUUUCUUGACCCGGAGAAGUUCAACCCUCGUGUGGGAAGCGCGGUACUGCUCGUGGGUGUCAAGAACCAUAGAUUUGAUGGUGGUAGUUUGAAGAAGUAUGAGAGUGAUCGUCACAAUGGACGGUGGUGGUUUGAGAAUCCGGCCAUCACCUUUGCCCGCUUCACAGCUACACAGCUUCAACAUAAAAAAGAAGAGCUUGAUCGUCUUUUUGCUGAUCUAUCUCCGUGGGAUAUUCUAUAUCUUCGCAGAAAGAUUGAUGCAACCUCGAUCACGUUUGCGGAUAUCCAAGAUCUUCCUCCAGAGCUUAUUUGCACAGUUCUCUCUUAUCUCGAUUUCGACGACUAUCAAUACUGUAUGAAAGUGUGUCGGAAAUGGAGAAAGAUAUGGACACAAGGAACUGUUCUUACGCAAGCGCUGCGCCAAUUCUUCCCAGGCCUUCAACUGACCUAUCCGGAAAUGUCGCCCCAAGACCUCUAUGUGCGUGAGGUACAGAAACAUGCCAAAUGGCGACAGCCCAACUGUAGCCACACAUGGGUUCCAUGGAACAUGGGCUCAAGCGACGUCUUUCUUGAUCCUCCCGAAUUUGCUCAACCUAUGAGGCAAAGUAACAACGUCCCAUGGCACUUCCAAUACAACAAAAGCAAGCUGGCAUGGCAAUCUACUCCACGCACUUUCAUUGUCGACGAUCUACGAACGCGGCAGAGACUGCGUUUUCUUCCACCCGGAAGUGUCAUGACAGGUACAGAGUUUCAAUCCGCUGCUCUUAGUGAUGAGCUUCUUGUUCUGUUUGAGCUGAACUCAAAGGGGCGGACGGUACACAUCGUCCAUUUACAGACACGCGAAUGGAAACAACUUACCCUUCCAACCGCCCUCAAACAUGCGUAUUUGGAGUCGAAGGUCGUGUACUUUGUGACCCAGACUGCACAGAUCGUGUAUUUUACCUGGGGUGGGAUUCUAAAACAACUUGAUCCGACAAAGCUUGAGUACCCUCUUGGCGUCGAGUCCAUAAUCGGAGGGGAGCCCAAGGUUCUAUUGCAUCCUACAAACGACGACGUGGCAUUUGUUGUCAGGGCGUUCUCUCAUAACUAUGGAGAUAAACGUCUAUGCAGCUUUAUUGUGACCAAGUUCGAAGACGGCAAGGCCACCUGGCAGACGACGGAAUCCAUAGCAAACCCACUGCAGAAUCCCAAGUCAGACUGUAAAGACUAUUCUUGGGCCGUGGUGUCGCUCAUCUGUCGAAAGUCUGACGAUCACGGCACCUAUUGCAUUGGGGUGUAUCGCAUUCAGAAGUCAGAGACAAGCAGACUCGAACUAUGCCCCUGCUGUGAGCCACGGACAAGAAAGGGAGACUGGGGUGUCGUCACCUUUAAUGUUCUGACGCAGACUUUUCAACAGCACGAGUACUUGUCGACACGUUCUGAUAUCUUAUGGGAUGCAGACACUAGGAAUCCCCUCGUGGACCGGAACCUUAUGAAGUUGGAGAACGUGCAUGUCUGGAAUAAUGACCUCUUGUUGGCAGCAACCAAAACCUUUGAUGACCACAAAUCGGAGAUUUACCUUCAGACACUUCACCCUUUGGGAAAUCACCAGACACUGUCACCAGAGUGGGCACCAGUGUGUGUUUCGUGUAUACUUCACAUCGGAGCGAACCAGCUAUUUCAGGAUGAUGACUUUGUGAUUCUACCCACUCUGGGUGGCAUGACUAUUUACAAGCCAUCAAAAACACCCUCGAGAGGGGUUGUAAUUGAUGACAGUUGGGAAUUCGCCCAUUUGGCGCGUUCGCAACUGAUAUACUCCUUGGCCAGCAUGUCGGAAAUGCUGGAGCUGAAGCACGACGAGAUGGGAUGUGGGCUGACAACACGGAAUGAGAGAAGUAGAGGACAACCAGAUUCACCUCAAAUUGUUGCUUCCAUGGAUCAAUUGUCUCCCGACUCUACUGAUGCAGAGGAUCACAACGAUUAA